AUGGAGCCGGGGGGAGGGCGGGGCGGUGUCCAGGGACGGUGCCCUUUUCCCAGAGGCGGCUCUGGACGCAUCGCCUGCGGGACCCGAGCCGAGGAGCCCCCGCUUUGUCCUUCUCCGGAGGUUCUCCUGCCGCGCAGCGGCAUCUUCUCCGGUAACGUCCAGAAUGAGUAGUGAAGGCUGCUCUUUAUCCUGCAUUGUAAAGUAAAACUUGUCUUUUUAGAAACGUAUACUGAAAAUUGGCGCAUCUCCUGUGCUUCUUUAGGGUGUAUUAGGAAACUGGGCCGGCCACUGUCAGGAUUGUCCUGUCGGUAGGUCGGGAGGGAAAGAAACGUGAGAGAAACUUAUCCUCCCAAAUAUUUUCCUGCCGAGGUGCUUUUCGAGCUGCCUCUUAGGUGACUGCUUUUCUUUUCUGGAAUAAAGUAAAAACUACAGGUAGAAAUCAAGAAAGUCUCUCAUACUUCUGGCCAGGCAACCUUUUUAACGUUUUUCUGUAUGCGAACUGGUACGAAUGAAAGACUGGAAUUUGAAAAGAAAAGGUUUUGAUGUGGAUUCAUGGCUACAGAAUAUCCAGGCAGCUAGGGAGCAUAAAAGCUGCUUUCCAAAUUUAGAUGGCAAUUUUAGAUGUGUUGCAGGAUGUCAACUAUUCUCAAGUGUGCUAAAGUCCAAUUCUGCUGACCGAGCAUCUACGCAAAUGACCAGGCAGUCUCUUCAGAGUCAUCUUUAUGAAGGUUGGUUAACUUUUAUGAGGAUUGGUCUCUUCACCUGUGAAAUGGAGUAGUUUUAUAGUCCUGGGGCCAGCAGAAUCCGCAUCACCUGGGAACUUGCUAGAAGUGGGGCCACCCCAGAAGAGAACCCAGCAUUGUGUGUUGUAACCAGCCUUUCAGUGUAAAAAGUGGAUAGUGGCUCACAUGUCAAAGGAUGGCACGGUCACGCUCUAGAUCCCCCAGGUGGAGGCACAGGUCUUUAUCACCAGUACCUAGAAAUUCUGAACACUACAAGCAAAGACCUGAGCAUUAUGGCUAUGAAUAUAGGAAGGAUCCAAAAAGACCUGUCACUUGGAGAAUGGACAAUGAGAAACAUGGACAGAGUAAACCAAGGAUUCCUUCUCGUGAAACUCUACAUUACCGAUCUUAUGAACAUAGAUCAUCUUCCCCAAACAUAAGAAGAAACUCUUUAGAAAAUUUUUAUACUUAUAAGCCUCCCCAAGUAUAUUUACCAGGAAGAGGGGAUGAUAGUAACAGAAGAUCUCAGUAUAUGCCCAAAUACUCAGAAGGUGUACUCUACAAGGAGCACCAGAGGAAUUGUUAUCCCCAGAAAGUGCAAGGAAGGUAUUUUCCUGAUGACCACAGAGUUAGAGGAAGUGGAAAAGGAGGGAAACCACCUCUGAGGUCAAUAGCAGAUUCUUUUAGAUUCGAAGGACAGUGGCAUGAAGAUGAAUUGAGGCACCAGAGGAUACAAGACGAAAAAUAUUCUCAGUCACUUAGAAGAGGCUCUGAAGAUUUUGAGAAAAGGAGCUCUUUUCAGACGAGGUAUCCUGAGGAUCGUGAUUUCAGAAAAUAUGGACACACAUCAAAAAGACCUCAAGAUGUGGAGAGGUAUGAAAACAGAGAGCCUCCCAGGAGCCCGCAGUGGAAGUCCAGGCAUUUUCUCCCUUCUUACCAAGAGAAGAAAGAUCAAUGGAACCUUGGACCCCAAACUCUUCGAUAUGCUCCGAGGGAAUUCCCAGAGACCAGUUCAGCAGCCAAGGUAUCCUGUGACUAUCGCCACAAACAUCGUAAGACCUCAGAUGGGGACCAGGACUUUUAUGAUGGAAGAACUCAGAAGUACUCUAAGGAGGAAGAUAGAAAAUUCGGUUCUCAAAAAGGCCCUGUAAAUAGAGAGUCCGAUUGCUUUAAUGCUGGAAGAGGGAGAGAGACUGAAGGUGGGCAAGUCAAAGAGCCUUUUAAGCCAUCUAAGAAAGACUGCACUACCUGCACUCAUUCAGAUAAAAGCGACGUUGGUUUGAGACCCUGUAAUGACAAACGGAAGGACAAAAUAAAGAAAGAAGGGGCUGGCAGAAAAGAGAGCAACUCUUCCCAUAACCGACUUGAUAAGAGUAAAAAACUUUCUGACUCGAAACCUUCAUCUUCCGUUCUUCGGAAGAAAUCACUUACAGUUAAAGUAGAUGUGAAGAAAACAUCCAGGGUUGCUUCUAGCUAUUCCACAGAGAGACAGAUGUCACAUGAUUUGGUUGCUGUUGGCAGGAAAAGUGAAAACUUUCAUCCAGUGUUUGAACAUCUUGACUCAACUCAGAAUACUGAAAACAAACCUACAGGAGAAUUUGCUCAGGAAAUCAUAACUAUAAUCCAUCAAGUUAAAGCAGAUUAUUUUCCAUCACUUGGAAUUACUCUACAUGAGCGUUUCUCAAAAAUGCAAGUUACACAAGCUGCAGAUGUAAAUGAAUUUAAAUUGAACUCAGAUCCAGAAAUUCACAGGAGAAUAGAUAUGUCUUUGGCCGAGCUUCAGAGUAAACAAACUAUGGUAUAUGAUUCAGAACAGACUCUGGUCAAAAUAAUAGAUCCAAAUGACCUACGACAUGACAUUGAAAGAAGGAGAAAAGAACGGUUACAGAAUGAAGAUGAGCACAUUUUUCACAUAGCUAGUGCUGCAGAGAGGAGUGAUCAGCAUUCCAGUUUUACAAGGUUGAAGAAUACUCAUGUUGAUGGAUUCCAAAAAUCUACAUGUUUGGUAAAAUCAAAUUUUAGAAAAUUUAUUCAGAAACCUUACUUGAAUUAUCAUACUAUGCAGAGAAAAGACAUCAUUACUCACAAACCAUUUGGAAUUGAGGGAAACCAUCAAAAUACAAGAGGCUUUAGAAGAACUUUUAAGACCAACUUUAGAGGUGGCACAUUUCAGCCCCAGUAUAAAUCAGGCCUACUACAGAAGAGCUUGUGCAUUCAGGCUAAAUAUCAGCGUUUACGGUUUGCUGGUCCAAGCGGAUUUAUCACUAAUAAAUUCAGAGAAAGAUUACUGAGGAAAAAAAAGGAAUAUACAAACAUUGCCCCAGCAAUCUAAUCUGGAAUUGUUACAAGUGGAAAUGACACUACAGGAUGAUAUUUGGGAGCAUCUUUUUGUCAAGAGUUAGAAUUGGCACUAAAGCACUAAUACUGUAACUAUCUUGAUAAAAUAACUUUAUUUUUCCGUAGUGGAAUGCUGCAACUUUUUUACCCUUAACAAUUGCUUUUAAAUUACAGUAUUCAAUUUAAAAGUUGUAUUAACUACAGCUUCUUUUGCAAAAAGUCUCAAAAGGGCAUUAUUUGUUGAUGCAUUUUUCUCUGAGCAUGGUUUCAUAGAGAACUGAGUUAUAUCCAGACGUUUCUAUGUUGAAAGUUUUGCUUAUGUAAUAAAAACAAAAACAAAAGUACCUGAAUUGUAUAGUGUCUGUACAUGAAAGAACUUUAAACAGUGGCCUUACGUAGCAAUUUUUAUACCAGAUUUUUCUUUUUCUGAUGACAUUUUGGCUUACAACUUGAAGUUUUCUUAAGCUUCUGAAGAUCAAGGUCUAUAUAAUUCAUACAUUUCAUAUUAUGACAUAAGAAGACAUAAGAAAAGGUGCUUCAGAUUUUCCAUCAGGUAGUUAUGAGUGUACUGAAUUUUGAGUAAUUGGUUCGUUCAGUUUUUUUCCACAACUAUUUGCUCUUUUCCAACUUCAAAAUGCUAUUGUGGAAAAUACAUAAAGAUUUUUAUAAUCUGUAUUCCAUCUUACUUUCCCUCAGGGUAAGCUCAUGCAUAUCAUAUUUUUAAAGGCUUUUAAAAAAACUGACAGACAAAAUCUCAUAUUCAGAAAUUGUACUUUACUACUACAGCAUUACACAUUUUGCAAGCACAUAUUAUAAAGUGUUUAUUUUCAGUUCAGUUGUAUUGAGUACCUACUAUGUGUAAGAUAACAUUGGUAGGAUUUUAAAUGAUAUUUUAGGUCUCAAUACCUUAUUUCUUUAUGUUUUCUGUGUUCUGCUUAAUAGUACAUAUACAUUCCCAAUUAAACUUUUGUGAAAUGUUUAAUUGUAAUUAAAUAAAAUACUGUUGCUCCUUCUGCUUGAAGCAGUUA